UGAGGAAGGAGAGAGGGAGAGAGACGCGCGCAGGCGAUAGUGAGUGUGAGUGAGUGAGUGAGAGCCUCCAUCACACUCUAUAUUGCUCUCCCAGGCCUCCCAGCACUCUCCCAACGCACUCUCCCUCUCACACUCCCUCAUAAGUGGAGAGUGUGCGUGUGUGUGCGUGUCUGAACGUGUCUGAACGUGUUUUAAGUGUUCCUCUCAGACGCCUUCCCAUAUUGUGUGCGUGUGUGUACGUAUUUGUAUGUGUGUGUGUUCUGGACGUACAUACACGCGCAUAGACACCACUGCAAGGCUUUACACACAUAGAAAUUGGUAACAGUAAAAAGAUACCGCUGUUAAAAAGGAAAAAAACAAGAGUAUUACGUGUUGUCAAGAGGAAGGCGCCAUGUUUUUGUGAAUUUCCCCUCCUCGAUCUCCUCUUCCUCUUCCUUCCUCUUCCUCGUCCUCUUCCUCCUCCUCCUCUCACUAUGGGGCUCUCACCUACCUGGAAGCACCUGAUCCUCUGGGUAAUUACCGUGGGCGCUACCUUCACUUAUGGCCUUCGCACCUGCCAGCCGGAAGAUUUUCAGUACGAGUUUACGGAGUGUGACACGGAUGGUGGGCGGUGGCGAGUCAGCGUACCCAAGGUGGAGACCUGCGAGGGAGGUGACCCCUUGCCGCCGCGCAGAACUGACGGAUGCAGCGUGUCGUGUGAGCCUGGAUGGUACUUCAACGUGGGUGAGCUGGAGUGCCGCCGCUGCCCCAAUGGAACCUACUCCUUGGGGGGCGGUGUCAAGUACGACUCCUGGCAGACGCUUCCGGCAGGGUUCAACGCCUACACUGAGGUCUUCCGCUCGGCGUUCUUCUUCAAGGAGCGGAGGCAUGGGGACCUAAACUGUAGUGAGUACGGAUGGCAGACGAAGGGUGACGUGAUAGCCAGCAAGGGCGGGCCGUGCGCUGCCUUCCUCAUGUACACUGUCAAGCUGGUGAAGGAGGGAGAUGUCACCUUUGUCUACCAGUACACGGACGAGGAGAUCCUGUUUGAGUUUGAGGCCCAGAACAGUGAGUGCCAGAUCAUCACAGACAUGGACGGGGUGCAGUGGCCACAGUUGACGCCGGAGGGACAGUGGAACAAGAAGACCUUCAAGCUGGACCCUGGAGUAUACGUGUUGCACUGGAAGACCAUCGGGAUAGACAUUCACGGCCACUCCCGACCUGUGCUGAUCAAGAGUAUUCACAUCAAUGGUGUGGCCCACUCCUCUGAAUGCUCCCCAUGCCCCGAGGGAACAUACAGUGGCCCCGCUGCCUCCAAAUGCCACGAAUGCCCCGAGGACACCCACGCCCCGCGCCACUCCGCCUCCUGCCAGCCCUGCGACCCCAUGACCCAGUACGCUCCCAAGGGAUCCGGCAAGUGCCUCCCCCGCCCCCCCUGCACCUCCAGCGACUACUACGAGAUGGACUCCCCUUGUAACGAGAAGAAUCAGACCUACGUGGAGUACAAGUGGGUGGAGCCGAUGGUGUGUCGUCAGGCUCUGGAGGGCUCGGUUCCGCUCCCUCCCUCGGGCAAGGUCAAGGCGUGCCCCCCCUGCAACCCUGGCAUGCACUACGUCCCCGGCCAAGGGUGUGUGUUCUGUCCGAGGGAGCACUUCGGGGACGGCAUCUCCUCCUGCCAGGCCUGUGCCCCCAACACCGCCCCAAACUAUGGCCUGCAGUACCAGUGGUGGUCGUCAAUGCCCCCUAACAUGGCCUCAACCUGUGUCUCCUAUAAUGAUAAUGUGUGCAGCAGCCCCGACGGAUGGCAGGAGGCGGGUGACCACAUCCAGACCAAGCGAGGGAGUGUGGAUGACGCCUACCUGGUCCUGAGUCUCAAGGUACAAGGCUUCCGAGGGCGUGAGGGGUUCGUGGGCGGCCGUCCGAUGGAGGUUGGCCGCAUCUCCUUCACCUUUGAGCUCACCUGCUCCUCCGAGUGCCAGUUCAUCUUCACCGAGGCCUCCAGCAAGAACGACGCCAAGCCCCUUCAGGUGUGGACGGGCAGUCAGCCUCGCCAAUUCUACAGUUACCUCAUCACACGGAACGACUCAUACUCCUUCUCAUGGCUCUUCCAAAAGGUGCCGUGGGAGAAGAGUUCCAUCAAGCCGAGUCUGUCGCUGCGACGCUUCGAAACAGACGUGGCCAAGAUCUUCAACAUCAAUGUGUCCAAUACCGUGGAGGGUGGUGCUUCAAAUUGCCUCCCUUGCUUCCAGGCCCAGACCGCGGCAGGGUGCAUACCGUGCCCCGCUGGCCACUACAUCGAGAAGAACACCACUGAGUGCACGCCCUGCCCCCCCAACACAGUGGUGACGGCCCCGCUGCCCUACGGCCCCGAGUCUUGCAUCCCCUGCGGCCCCGGCUUGGUGGCCCCAGAUCACCUCUCCUGCGGGGCUGAGUGUCGCCUCAAAGUGGGGAAUUAUACGUAUGACUUGAGGAACAUUAGCAGCCCCCGCAGCCUCACCGCCGGCACGCUCUUCACCUCCUCGGGCACCAAGUUCUACCACGUGUUCAACAUCUCGCUGUGCGGCAACACCACCGUCAACUGCUCCAACAACAUCUCCUACUCCUUGGACGGGGAACCGGCGUCCAACUCGGUCGAGUCCCGAGUGUGUCGCUUCACCCUGGUGCCUGGCGUGGAUGGGGUGGUGGAGGGCGGCCAGACGGGGAAGCUGGCCACCCAAUCCGUGUCUCUGGGUGACCACAUCGUCGGCUACACCACCAACACAACCCUCAGGAACAUCUCCGUCAUAGAGGAGUUCGCCAAUUCAUCCCCUGCCGCCUCCCCCGACCUGCACUUCUUCUACACGACGCACCUACCUGACCUGAGCUCUUCACACAGGUCCACCCGGGCAUGUCCCAGCGGGCGGGCGACCACCGUGACCCUGCGCUGCGACCCUGACCAGCCGGGGCAGGGCAAGGUGUCGCUGCCCACCCAGUGCCCCGACGGAACCUGCGAUGGCUGCAACUUCCACUUCCUCUGGUCAUCCGUCUACGGGUGUCGCCAGUGUCUGCCGGAGGACCUCAUCACGGUGCAUGGGGAGUGUCGUCACGGGCUACAGAAGGUGCACUACAUCUCCCCUCGCCACUGCCGCCCCAUUACCGGCAGGGAGGGGCGGCUCGUGCCCUGCUCCACGCGCCUGCCCUUCCUGGUGGAGGUGAUAGUGUUGAGCACCGUGUGUGUGGCGCUGCUGCUGUGCCUGCUGCUGUUCUGUCUGUGGAAGAAGAACCAGAGACUCGAAUACAAGUACAUGAAGCUGGUGGCCAAGGAGUCUUCUAAGGAUGGCAUCAUGGAGCUCCCCCCCGCUGAGUCCUGUGCCCUUGAUGAUGGGGAGGAGGAGGAAGUGCAGUUCAGCAAGCAACCCACGCGAGGAAUCUUGGGGAAAUUCAAGCAGCAUAAAGUGGCGCCUACAGAAGGUCGUGGCCUGCUCAUGGACUCCCCACUGACCCUGACCUCUAAGGACCAGCUGACCUGAACACCCACUAACCACUAACCACUAACAAGCUGGCAUGCAACAAAGAAGUGGAAGAACCGUUCAGAUCUCGGGUUGUUCCUCUGAGGGUCAUAUUAUUGUGGAAGUGUUCAUCUUGUUUUCUUUGUUAUUUCCUCUUUUGUUCUGUUUUCUUUUUGUCUUCCUCUUUUUCCUGGUCUUUUUCUCCCCUUUUCUAUUCCUUUUUUAUUUUGUUUUUUCCCUUCCCUUCAGUACUUUUCUUUUUUCCUCAUUUAUUUCCUUUUUCUUCUCCUUUCUCUUCUUUUUUCUAUUCUUUUUGUCUUCUUCUCUUUUUCCUCUUCUUUUCCCCCCUUUUCCAGUCCUUUUUAAUCUUGUUCUUUCCCUUCCCUUCAAUACUUUCCUUUUUACCUCUUCCUCUACCCUCAUUUCUUGCCCUUUUUCUUCUCUUUCUCUUUCUGUUUUCUUUUUGUCUUCCUCUCUUUUUCCUCUUCUUUUCCUCCCUUUUCCAGUCCUUUUUAAUCUUGUUCUUUCUCUUCCCUUCAACAUUUUUCUAUUUACUUCCCUUCCUCUACCCUCAUUUCUUUCCUCUUCCUCUCUUUGCUUCAUUCCUCUUCUCCCCUCUUCUCUUAUCUCCUUCUAUUUGCUUCUCUUCUCUUCUCUUCUUUUUGUAUUUCCUUUUCUGUUUUUUCUUUUCCUAUUUGCUUCUCAUUCUUUUCUUCAUUUCUUCUGUUCUUUUCUCCUCUCCCCUGUCUCUUCUCCCCUCUCCCCUGUCUCUUCUCCCUUCUUUUCUCUAUAAUACUGUUUAUGUCAUUAUUAUAUUCAGUCAGUCAAUGAGUCAGUUAUUAGUUAGUCAGUCAGUUGAUCAGAAACGACAAUGGAAGAGAUUUGACAAACGCUUCUGAUUGGUGGAAAUGAGAUGAACGUUCUUUUUUAUUUUGUGUGUGUGUGUGUGUGUGUGUGUGUGUGUGUGUGUGUGUGUGUGUGUGUGUGUGUGUGCUCCAUUUUCUAUUCUCCAUUUUUAUACUUUUUCUAAUUCUUUGUCAAUCCAUUUUUUUUUUUGCAUUUAUAAUUCUGCAUUUUUCUACACGCACAUCUGUUGUUCCGUCAUCUGCUUUUUCUUCCGAGCUAUAUAUUGUAGUUUAAUUUUAUGCUGUUGUUUUUUUUUGUUUUUUUUCCUCCUCAUUGUACUGUACUUAGUCUUAUUGUUUUAUGUUCGUACUUAACCACUCCUGUUCUGAUGUUAAACCCACUAAUUAUUAUAGCACUUAAAUUACUCUAAGGGAAAAUAAAGAGGUUGAACAAAUAAUAAUAAUAAGAAAAAGAAAAAAGAUUAUUAUUAUUAUUACAUUAGAGUUUUUUUAUUUGUAAGUUAUUAAAACAGAAUAUAUAUAGAAGUGUAUUUUAAACUGCUUAGGAAUUUGUAUAUGAUCACAAGCUUACAUAAACUCAAAGGAGAGGGAAUGUGUAAAUAAGAAAAGAAUAUCAGUUUGCAGAAAAAAAAACAGUUUGGCUAAAAUAUUAAAAUGGAAAUUGUUAGAAAGUUUGCCGCAAAAUACCAUGAAUGAAAUCACUAACUCUUUUUUCCUAUUUCCUGGAGUCAGCGAGUUAAGUUAAAAUUACAUUAGUUUAUUUUUCGUUCCCAUUACUUAAUAUUCUGAUAAGAUUUGGAUGUUAUUGAUAAGUAUAGUUGUAUGUAAUUAACUCUCUUUUAUGAUAAUGUUUUAAGUUC